UGACUGAAAUUCGAGAGGAGAGGAGAGGAGAGGCGGGUGGAGGAGAGGAGGGGGGUGGUUCUAGUCAUGAUGGUUGUGUUUCGAUAGAGCAGCAGGACUUUAUAUUACAGUAAAAAUCAAGACCACAGAGAGAACAACAUAAAGUUUCAGAGGGUGAAGUAGUAAUAUGUCUUUAGACUCAGGCAGUGAUGUGUGUGUGUGUGUGUGUGUGUGUGUGUGUGUGUGUGUGUGUGUGUUGGUAGAUGUGAUGGACGUGGCGUGGUCUCCUCAUGACGUGUGGCUGGCCUCCUGCAGCGUGGACAACACCAUCGUCAUCUGGAACGCUCGCAAGUUUCCAGAGAUGGUGACUUGUCUGCGAGGACACACCGGGCUGGUCAAAGGUCUGACGUGGGAUCCGGUGGGGAAAUACAUCGCCUCGCAGGCCGACGAUCACAGCCUGAGAGUGUGGAGGACGGUGGACUGGCAGAUGGAGGCCAACAUCACCAAACCCUUCAACGAGUGUGGAGGGACGACCCACGUCCUGCGUCUGUCCUGGUCUCCGGACGGUCAGUAUCUGGUGUCGGCUCACGCCAUGAACAACUCCGGCCCCACCGCUCAGAUCGUGGAGAGAGACGGCUGGAAGACCAACAUGGACUUCGUGGGCCACCGUAAAGCUGUGACCGUGGUGAAAUUCAACCCGAAGAUCUUCAAGAAGAAGCAGAAGAACGGCAGCGCCCCGAAACCUGGCUGUCCGUACUGCUGCUGCGCCGUCGGCAGCAAAGACCGAUCACUCUCCGUCUGGCUGACCUCUCUGAAGCGCCCCCUGGUGGUCAUCCAUGAUCUGUUCGAUAAAUCCAUUAUGGACAUUUCCUGGACUCUGACGGGUCUGGGGAUGUUGGUGUGUUCGAUGGACGGGACGGUCGCCUACCUGGACUUCUCUCUGGAUGAACUGGGAGACCCGCUGAACGAGGAGGAGAAGAACAGCAUCCACCAGAACAUCUACGGGAAGAGUCUGGCGAUCACCAGCACCGAGGCUCAGCUCUCCACCACCAUCAUCGAGAACCCCGAGAUGCUCAAAUACCAGCAGGAGCGGCAGAGCUCGGCCCAGGCCAACUCGGGGGCGAGCGGCGCCGGGCCCGAGUCCUCGGCCCCCAAACUCAACAGCGUGAUGAACGGAGAGUCUCUGGAGGACAUCAGGAAGAACCUUCUGAAGAAGCAAGUGGAGACGAGAACCCCAGACGGCAGAAGACGAAUCACGCCGCUCUGCAUCGCUCAGCUGGACACCGGGGACUUCUCUCCGGCUCUGUUCAACAGCGCUCCCAUCCUGCCCUCGGGCUCCUCCAUGUCCAACCAGCUCACCUCCCAGCUCAGCUCCGACUCCAGCCCGGGACAGGCCUCUUCUCUGGGCCUGAGGCCCGGCCACGACCCCAUGCUCACCUCGCCUCCAGCCAACAGCGCCGCCAAGGGCCUGGAGGACGGUGUGAAGUCCACUCUGCUGCUCACUUCCGCCUCCAAGAUCGAGCCGAUGAAGGCUUUGGACUCCAGGUUCACAGAGAGAUCAAAGGCCACACCGGGGGUCACCGCCACCAUCUCCUCCAUAGUCGGACUGGUGCCUCUGGACAGCAGGCCAAAGGACGGCAUCUCCGCCCUGAAAGACUUGAAAACCAAAGACGACACCAGCAGCGACAGCGAGGACAAGAUGGCCUCCAUCAACAAGAACCUGUCGUUCAGCAAGAGGAAGCCCGAGCUGCUGAUGGACGGAGGAGAGGGGGUGGUGGAGAAGAGGAAGAAGGGACGGCCCAGGAAAGACAAGAUGGCCGCCCCCACCGCCCAGCCCUUCACUCAGAUAUCUCCUCCAGUGGAGCGGGAGCCCAGCAGGGUGGCGGCUCCUCCGGCUCCUGUAGCUGCUCUCAAACUACCGACACCGAGUAUAAAGAAGGCCUUCAGUCUGCAGGUGAGCAUGGAGCCGUCAGUGUUCCUGGAGGUGGAGAACGAGGUGUCGCUGGUUGCGGGUUCGAAGCUCAGCCAGCUGCGGUGCUCCAGAGACGGACGAGACUGGAACACGCUGCUGCCCAGCUCGGUGGUCACGGCUGCAGGGAGCAGCGACGUCAUCGCCGUCGCCUGCCAGGACAGGAUGUUGUCGGUGUUCUCUUCCUGUGGGCGGCGGCUCCUCCCCGCCAUCCAGCUGGCCACGCCUGCCUCGGCUCUGCACUGCUCCGCCCACUUCGUCAUGGCGCUGACGGCUGGAGCGACGCUGUCCGUCUGGGACGUUCAGAGACAAAAGGCUCUGGUGAAGAACGAGUCUCUGCUGACCAUUUUAUCUGGUGCUGACACCACAGUGUCUCAGUCUCUGCUGACCCAGCAUGGAGUCCCCGUCAUCGGACUGUCCAACGGGAAGUCCUACUGCUUCAGCUCCUCCCUGGAGACGUGGACUCUGAUAGCGGACAAAGGAGACUCUAUGGUCCAGUGUGCGGACUUCAGGAGCUGCCUUCCUUCCCACGAUGCACCUGUGUCCUCGGGGCCGCUGGCUGUCAUGCAGGGACGCAACCUCAACGCCGGUCGGCUGGCAUCCCGCCUGUCCUCCACCCCUCACCACCUGCAGCAGAGCAUGACGCUGGCUUUCCUGGAGAACCAGCUGGCGUCCGCUCUCACCCUGCAGUCGGCGCAGGAGUACCGCUACUGGCUGCUCAUCUACGCCCGCUUCCUCGUCAACGAAGGCUCAGAGCAUCGUCUCAGAGAGCUGUGUAAGGAGCUGCUGGGUCCCGUCCACAAAUCAGCCGCCACAGCCUGGGAGCCCACCACUCUGGGUCUCCGCAAGCGCGAGCUGCUGCGGGAGGUUUUACCCGUCAUCGUGGAAAACCUGCGAUUCCAGAGACUGUUCACCGAAUACCAGGACCAGCUGGAGCUGCUGCGCAACAAAUAACACACACACACACACCUGGACUCAUCAUGGAACCGGUUCGGUUCGUCCCAGCUAAACUCUGACCGCUUUUCCUCGACUUGGGAAGAAUGAAGCGCCGAUCUGGCUGAAAAAAGAAAACGCACAUCCUGAGUGUUUUUGUGAGGAACUUUGUAGAACCGACUGUCCUCAGCUUCUCAAGCGUCGCUCGCCGGGAGGAAGUGGCGCUGCUCCUUUUCUUUUUCUAAUCACGAUCUCAGUUUGAACUUUCAGUCUUUUGUCAUUUGUUUCCUGCUAAAUGUGCUUCUUUUUGCUGAGCUAUACACCUCGCUCUCACUCUCUCUCCCCUGCACUCCUAAUCAUGGACUUAAAGAAGAUGAACUUGAAGAGAGGCGGCGGCAUCAGCAGCUGUGUGAGUCCUCGUCCCUCUGAGAGAGAGCAGACGCAUGAAUCAGAAUGGAUGUAAAGGAGCAAUAUGCUUGUACCAAAGUGAAGUUAAAGUGUAGAAAUAAGCGCACGUCUGAAGGCUUCUAGAGGGCGGAGUCUGUUUUCUGUGCGUCCUUUAAAGCGACAACGCGAAUGCCAAAAUGAUGAGGUCACAGCGAAACAGAUAAUCAAGUUCACAACACCGCUGGGAAGUAGAUUUACAUUCCGAAAUACAGGAUGGACCUCUAGGGGGCGACGGAGAGCAGAAGGGCUCCGUGCAGCUGAUUGGUCAGUCAAAGAGCACUUAAAGAAAAGAAACAGGAAGCGACUGAAGUUGGACUUAAAGAGAGAAACUAAAUAAAUCGGCUAACGUGAACGCGUUGUGAAGAUAUAAAACAGGAAUCUUCAUCUGCAACCAUGUCGACAUCAGUCCCAAGUACGUUGAAGCUAGACGCCAUUUUUAAACCGUUUGACAUCAUGUCGUUGGUCGUUUUAGCUCCUAAAAUCAAAGCUGGUUAAAUAUCCAGACGGUUGUUAAUUCAAACUAUUUCACAAAAUGAGUGUUCGGAUGAAUGAAUUCACAAGUCACAAGGUCUUUAACUCAGAUUGAAUCAUAUUUACUGUCUCUCAGAGAAUGAUUCUCUUCUGAACACAGUUUAAUAUAAACUAGAGUAGUUCUGUGAUACCAGAGAAGCCUCUGCUGCAGCCCAGAGUGUUUCCCUGAGUCUCUGCACCGACCCGAUACCUCGUUAUCGUGUCAUUUAUCAUCU